CAAUAGUUUGCCCGGCUGGUAAUAGAAAAGGAGAAUCCAACUGAGAUGUUUGCAGACAACGAAGCUCAGCUAAAUCGAAGUAAAAUGUUCACUUUGCAGUUAGCAACGAGAACAAAAGCCGAGAUUUUCACAGAACUGGUUGUGUUUCUGCUAGUAGGUUUAAUCGGCGUCUGCGGGAAUUUUCUUGUUCUCCUGGUCAUAAGCCUGACUCCAUCGCUAAGAACUAUCUCUAACUUUUACGUAGCUUCUCUGAGUGCGAUGGAGUUAUUGUUGUCAUUAUCCAUCUGGAUUUUCAUCCCCGAAGUAGUAUUAAAAGGAACGCCGACAUUUGGUGACGCUAUCUGCCAAUUUGUAGGAUUCAUUACUGCCAUGUUAGCCACAGGUUCCAUUUAUUCCAUGGCCUUAAUUGCAAUAAAUCGAUAUUUCCUCAUGGUAAAAUCGAACCUUCAUCGCAAGUACUUUACAAAGAGGAACGCUUACAUAUCGAUCGCUGUGUCAUGGAUCUUGGCUGGAAAUUUUCCUGUGUCUUACAUGCUUCUCGGCAACAAGUUUAAAUUUCAUCCCGGAAAGGGGGUUUGUAUCUAUGAUGUGACGAAGCUGAAUCUGGUACACGCUUUUUUGACAGGUUUCUUUAACAUUCAGCUUCCAUAUCUUAUCAUUUCUUGUUGUUAUUUCAAGAUUUACCAAAGAGUGAAAGAACACAACGCAUUACUGAGACACCAUGGAGGUGGAAAUGGAAGCGGCAGCGGAAUUUCAGCGAAGGAAAUUAAAGUAACAAAACUUUUGUUUGCUAUCGUACUGAGUUACACGAUUUGCUGGACGCCAUUUUAUGUCAUCGAUUUAGUUGGAGUAUUUCUUGGUCAAUUUUUCGCUCCUCGCCUUGUUUACGUGUUUUAUAGCAUUGUUGUUGGUAGCACUACCGCCAUCAGCCCGAUAAUAUAUGGCGUUUUCAACAGAGAGCUCAAAGGCGAAAUCGUAAAACUUUUAAAAUCUAAAUGCUGUUGUUUUUGCAAUAAAUUCAAAGUUGGGGUACCUGUGAUAACCUCAAAUAGGCGUUCAUGAUCACGUACCAGGGAUCAGGAAUCGCGGAGUGUGGAAGAUUUGUAUCCGCACAAACAGAAACAAAUUUAGAUGGCUAGCUCUGACAAAUAGCCUAAAAAUUAUAUGAUAUUGAUUCUCAGUACAAUCCCAGAAAGAUUACAAACGAACAUAAAACCGUAUCAGAUCUAACAAAGGCUUAUUGAAAUUUCUUUGACAAAAGGUUCAGCCCUCUAAAUUUUGAUUUCCCCUCAUGAGUUAAAGUAAAAUGUAAUGAAUAAAUUAUGAUAGUUGGUGCUGGUGUUAUGCUAAUUACUGCCAAUUACUCAUGCUGAAACUAUAUUUGUAAAGCUGUUUUAU